GGACACUAACCGCCCAAAGCUGCCAUAUAGAGCCCACCUGACAGGCAUGAGGGACCGAGACAUACAGCCACCCACCCUGCCUUCAGCCGGCAACAGCACAUCACUACAGCCUGGACCCUUGACACCACAAAUGAAACAACCUCACCAGCAUAAAGCCCAGCAUCUGCCGCUGCCCCACAAGACGACGCAGGGAGAUACCACCGCAUCCCCUGAACAUAAGAG